GCAGACUUGAAGAUGCUUCGUGCUCCGAACCUGACUGUCCAGCUAACUCGGCCUGCCCGUCUCGCGCGCAUGCGGGAGAAAGAGGCCCCUCCUGAUCAAUUGAAGAGCAAGAUGACAAAUCUUCUUCCACCGUUUCUUCUUCCUGUGUACAAUGCCAAACUUGACCGCCUGGUGCCAGAUCAGAGUUUGCCUUUGACACCAGAUCCAACGCCACCAGAAGAGGGAAGGCGUUUGGACGAGGUUUUCGGCACUGGAAGGCAAGUGGACCGAUUUCGGGCUGACUUUGUUUUUGCCGAGUUUGAUUCGACAUAUGGUCCGGUUGGAAUCUCGCCAUUGGAGCGAGAGCGGCAACUCUUCCCCUCGGACUAUUUCCGACUCAUGGCCUCUGGUGCUUUAGCAAGUGUGGUGAGGACAAUCCUCUUUCUGCCAGUCCAGACUGUGAAGGUCCGCAUGCAGACAAAUCCUGAUCUUGGACAAAGAGGCUUCAUUCCUGCUUUGAAGUAUGUCGCAACGUCAGAGCCGAGCAGCAAUCUGUUCCGUGGCAUAGAUGUUGCUGUGAUGUUCUCAGCCACAUUUGGCUUUUUCAGCUUCGGCAUCAAGGAGUACCUCUCCCGAGAGCUUGUGAUCCAGUUUCCUGGUUUGAAUGAGCUCUUUGCGGUUAUCCUCGCUAGCAUCGCCAGCGUCGUUAUCACCUUGUUCUUUGCCACUCCGUGGGAGGUACUGACUACCAAAAUUAUGGCUAGCAAUGACCGCUAUUGGGGAUUUGGGCUUCUCAAAGAUUUGGUGGCAAAGAACUUCCUAAAGGCCGCCCAGGAGCUGUAUGAGGAAUAUUGGCUUUUGACCAGCAAGGAGCUUGCCUUUGUGACGACCAAGUUCUUAAUCUUCGACUCUUUGCGUGAAGCGUUGCUAUUCUUCGUCCCAGCCUUUGUUGAGGCGCAGCCGUUGUUGAUAGCUUGCCUUUGCGGUGCUUUAGCUGGAGCCUGUGGAGCGAUAACAUCGCAUCCCAUUGACACACUCUUUGCGCUCCGAACAACAGGUGGUGGCAAAGAUAUCCCAAGCCUUGACAAGCUGUUUCGAGGAGUUGGGGCCAGAGUGCUCAUUUAUUCACCUGGCAUUGCGUUGACCUUUUUAGUGUACGAUGCUGCCAAAACAUAUUUGGGAGUUGGUGGCAGCGCCUUGAUGCAAACCUUGGACUUGCUGCGGCCAUAA